AUGCUCCCCGACGCGCGUUCAUCUCGCUCCGCCCUGGAAUAUGCGCAUAUAGGAAACCUCUCCUGGAACACUAAUGACGACACGCUCCGCUCGGCCUUCUCUCAGUUCGGGCAAGUUCUCGACUGUAUCGUGAUGAAAGAUCGCGAGUCUGGCCGCUCCCGUGGCUUUGGCUUCGUGACAUUCGGCACCUCGCAGGAGGCGCAAGCUGCUAUCGACGGCCUCAACGAGCAGGACCUCGACGGUCGCCGCAUCCGUGUCAACCUGGCCAAUGCCCGCCCGCCCCAAGGAGGCUCCGGCGGCUUUGGUGGUGGUGGUGGGUAUAACGGUGGCUCUGGCGGUGGGUACCAGGGUGGCGGAGGCUACGGCGGCGGCGGGUACGGCGGUGGACGUGGCUCUGGAUACAACUCUGGCGGGUAUGGCGGCGGAGGAUACGGUGGUAACUCCGGCGGCUAUGGUGGCGGAGGGUACCAGGGCGGCAGCUACGGCGGCUACCAGGGUGAGUAG